GUGAACUACCAAUAUUGGAGCAUAUGGCGAAGGUAAAACAGAAUGGUCAGAAGGAAAACAAGAAGUGCGACGAAAGUGUAAAAAAUGACGAAGAACAGAAAAAAAAUCAAGUAGGAAACAACCUAACCUCGAUUCCAAACCAAAUCUGCCUCGUACCUAGGCGUUUCCAGAGAAUUAUUCAGCCUCGUUUUGUGUAAAAAAUGCGGCACCCAUAUAUCCCAACUAUAUAGCCUAUACAUGCAGCAAAUAUUGUUCCUGUGUGACAACACUUUUGGAGUUGAUUCAACUCCUUGAAAUUUAUAGCCUGCGUGGCAGGCCCUCAAUAAAAUUGAGGGCAUGCCACGCAGGCUAUAUGAAAUUUACAGUGUGGGUACAAGGCGGAAACCAAAUCAUAAACUUAAACUCAAUCUAUAUGUCUAUCCCAAACCAGCUAGAACCCAAUAAGUCUCUACGACCCUGUCGUAUAGUUGUCGCGAAGUUGUCACGAAUUAUCGCAGCGGAAUUUUUCUUCUUGUUCCCAUUUUGUCGUGACCACUUUUCUGACCGCAGUUACGACACGUUCACGGCAGUUACACCCUUAUGACAACCAGACUUUACCUUCUCCCACACAUUCCAGAUCUGAUUCUAAAUUUAACGCAAAACGUGUAAUCUAAACCUAAUCCUAGUGUAAACCUAAUACCAAACCUAAUCUUAAACUUUGUCCUAAAGCUAUACUGCGUAGUGCAAAACCUAAUCAGUGCGCAAAGCCAAAUCAUAAACGUAAUCCAAGCCCAAAGAUUUUUAAACCAAAUACUAAACCUAUCCCAAUAAUAUAUUCCAAGUUUCAUUCUCGGGUGAAAUUUUAAACUUUAUACUGUAUUUUCUUCAUUUUCAGUUAUUUUCAAAACCAGUGUUAAUUACAAGGCAAAUGAUACAGGUAUAGUAUCCGUCUCAAAGUUCCGCUUUUGUGAAAGUGUUUUAAUUAUUUUUUUCAAUAAGAUUUUUGAUGUAGCUAUCGCUUUUCAGAAUAAAGUAUUUGGUGCAGGUUACCCAAGUCUACCAACAAUGACACAAGAAGAAUAUUUUGAAAAAGAAUUACGUGAAGGGAAAAUCGUUACGGAAUUCAGGUGAUAUACUGUACCUUACUAAAACAUGGGAAAAAAUACUGUUUGUAGAUUUGUAUAUGUUGGAGAUUUUGUUUACCUGUUUUAGAAUCUGUUCGUAUGUUUUAUAGGUGGUCUUGGAGAAAAACGUUUUUCAUUGUUAGAAAUUAUUUUUUUUAUAUUUUACAUUCUUAAUAAAAUCAUUAAAAUGCGUACAAUUUUACUAACACAAAAAAUACUUGCACAACCUAGAAAUCCAGCUAAUUCUAAUCCUUUCGGUAAAACAUGAUUUUGCGGAUUUUACUCCAAGUAAAUAAUGGAGUAAACAAUAGAAAGUGAGGCAACCCACAAUAGAAUACAACGGAAUGCAAAAGAAUAAAGAAGACGAAUGAAUAAAUUUACACGAUUGGUUUAAUUCAUUCUAUUGUAAGUUCCUUACUUCUAGGGUAUUGUUCUCUUCAGGUUUGUCUAAUAUUUGCCUAAAGCUGUCAUAAUAUUUAUUUAAAUUUGGUAAUGGAAAACGGGAUGCAACGAAGAAAAUGUCACGCGCGGGGGAUUAGAUCUUGGGCCGUGGUGGGACAGGGAUAAGAAAAGUCCGAGUGCAUGUAUGUGUUGGCUAUAUAGUCAGGCAGAUAGAGGAUCAAAAUUAUGGAAAAUUUACGAUAUCGUGGGACAAUUCUAUUUUGCCUUCAUAUUGUGCCCUGAAGGCUAGUAAGUUCGUUUCUGUAUGUUGGCCGCGUUAAAAUUUCUUGUGGGCUCCUGCCGACACGUUUUUCUUCGAAUUUCUGAUACAUUUCUAAUACAAAUGACUUGCAUCAAUGGAAAGCUAACAAAAAACUACAUAUAAGACAGUUAAAUAGUUAGUUGGGAUUUUCAAGCGGUUUUCGAGUUAUUGCUGUUUCAAAUGUGAAAAAUAAGCUAAAAUCUCGCAAAAAUCCUGGGUACUAGUCUGAAAAUACGCUUUCAACAGCCCAUAACUCAAGAAGAACUUGAAAAACCCUGGUAACCGUUUAAAUGUCUUAUAUGUAGUUUUUUGCAAGCUUUCGAAUGAUGUAAAUCAUUUGUGUUAGAAAUGUAUUUGAAAUUUCACAUUUUUUAACUGUAAUAGAGUUUAAUACAACAUUCGAAGAAAAACGUGUCGGCAGGAGCCCACAAGAAAUUGUAACGCGGCCAACAUACAGAAACGUACUUACUAGCCUUCAGGACACAAUAUGAAGGCAAAAUGGAAUUGUCCCACGAUAUCGUAAGUUUUUUCCUUCUAUCUGCCCGACUAAUAAUAUUUCAUCAUUUUAUAAUUUUAGUGAAAAUAAAACAUCGAAAAGCAAGAGUGAUGAAGAGGGAGAGAAAGAAGAAAUGGAUUGCGCUGAAGAUGAAAAAUAUUUAGAGAAAUUAACAAAAGAAAGAGAGUGGGAUGACUGGAAAGAUGGUUUGUAUAUUGAGACGUUUUUACGUUAGAAUGUAACCAAAACAAUUUUUCACGGUUUUACUGUAAUUGCUGCAACUUGCAACAAAAGUAAUUUCAGUGCAUGUUAUCAUUUAAAAUAUUCGCACAUAUAGUCAUAUACUAGUUACAAAACAAAGGGGGACGUUUUCUUUAUCUUUUAAGAUCAUCGUCGUGGAUGGGGCAACAGAGAAAAUAUGGGAUAAAAAUGUAUUUUAGGUGAUGGACGUUUGUGGGUUUUUCAUCAAAAUCACCUCCUAAAUCCUUACUCUGACCAUGGAUUGUAAAAUAACAUUUUACAAUCCAUGUUCUGAUGUCACAGCAUAGUGAACAACGUAAAAUCAACCGUGGAAGAAAUUGAAUAACGCCAUCAAUGCGGCUGGCAUAAGUGACAAAGUAUUAAUUGCAAGACGAGUACAGUGGCCAUCUGAAAUUCAGUCCAUUGCAAGUCAUCUUGACACUGUAUCUGCCCUUUGAUGGGAGUGGAAUAGGUCAAUAGACUUGCCGUGAUGUGAUGUAAAAGAAUAACUGACUUGGAGUUCAGCCGGGAUGUGGAAUGUGGAUAUAAGAAUCUCUUUUUUUAAUAAUAUUAUUAAUAAUAAUAGCAAUGUAAUUAUUAACUCGUAUUAUGAGUAGUAUCGUUAUUAAUAUAAUAUUAAAAUUAAUAAUAAUUUAUAAUAAUAUUGUUUUUUAAUAAAUGCUUAGCUCUUAGUCAAUCUAUGACAUUGAUGUGCCACAAACUUUCAAAACAAUCUGUGUUAAAUGUCAUUCAUGUCAUCCCUUGUCUAGUCUCUCUGUUAAAUCGUGUUGUUAAUAAUUAUCACUUAUAUGUAUUCUGUAUAAAUAGUUAAGGUUACCCGUAAUGGAGUGUUCUGCUCUGUGGGUAUAUUAAACCUGUCAUUUAUUUGACAAAGAUUGUAAAAUAAAAAUAAAAUAGUCAUAUCAGUCUGGGCAAAACAUUACAUCAAUAUUACAUGAAGUAUUUCGUACAGUGUUCCAUGAACAUGGCACAUGGCGGCUGACAGGGGCUAUUCCAUUUAAUGUACACACCCCCCUGUGGACGAAGUCAAUAAAAUUUGAACCCCUAAGAAAAAAAGAUCAAAGUGCCGACACAAACACCCCUCCAGAAAUUAAGAAAUUUUUGCCUUACCCCUCGGAAAAAACGCAAAGAUUAAAGGAUGCCGAUGCACACAACCCCUCAGAAACGGCUUUUUCAACCCCCCUCGGAAAUUUUCGUCCACAGGGGGGUGUGUAUAUUAAAUGGAAUGGCCCCAGUGGAGUGAGAAAUGAAUUUAUUUCAAUCAAAUUGCAGUGAAUUGCCUUGAUUAUCGAUCAUGUCUGCCUUUAAUAAACCAUUGUAUUUAUAUAAAGAAAUACUUUCCGUACUACGGGCAGUAACGCAGUCUAAUAACGUGAGUAUAUAAUCAAAAUUUAAUCAGAAACUUUGAACAGGGCCAUUCCAUUUAAUAUACACCCCCCCCCCUAUGGACGAGAAUUUCUGAGGGGGUUUGAAAAAGCCGUUUCUGAGCAAUCUGAGGGGUUGUGUGCAUCGGCAUCCUUUGAUCUUUGCGGUUUUUCUGAGGGGUAAGGCAAAAAUUUCUUAAUUUCUGGGGGGGUGUUUGUGUCGGCCCUUUGAUUUUUUUUUCUUAGGGGUUCAAAUUUUAUUGACCUCGUACAUAGGGGGGUGUGUACAUUAAAUGGAAUGGCCCACACAGUAUAUUAAUACAGUAAUAGGCCAUGGGAAUGAAAGUCAUAGAUUUGCAUCCACCGCCCGCAUGCCUCAAAAGCUACCGCCUAAAAUUUUCAUUAUUUACAAAAAAUUCAUUAUUUUCGCAAAUAAAGCAAAACUCAAUAAAAUUAGCAAUAAAAUUGUGUAUUGAUUAUGUUUGUCCUCAGUAUCCAAAUUACUGUAUAUUCACCGAAAUGGCGAAAUUGGCACACUGCCGCACACAGGUCUUCAGUGCUGCAACCGUGUGAGCUCGUGAUAUAUGUACUUCCACAGCGUAAAUGGUAAUUCAUGUUUUGAUCUCUGUAUUUACCACCCAAAAAAUGGUAAAAAAAAUAACGAAUAAUGAAAAAAAUCUGCAUGUUUUUUCAAAAUUACCCAGAUGCAAAUCUAUGACUUUCAUUCCCAUGGCCUUAUUAUAUAAAAGUAUAUAACUCUGACUGGGUCCUUAGAAUUUAAAAUUUCUGGCAUUAUUAUAAAUUAUGAUUAUUAUGGAAUGUCAGGUUUUUAAACAGCUGAUUGCCGGAGACAUAGUCAUUUAGAAAUUUACCUAAAUUAUGCACUUCAGCCCCUGGGAAAUGUGGGGUGAUGGUUUGGGAUUGACUGAUCAAACUUGCGUGUGAUAAAUUAUAAAGCAAUGAGGUGGCCGAUACUUGUGUAUAUAUGUGGGAACGUAUUGGUUUCUACAUGAAUUGGGUGACAUUUAAAGGCGAAUGGUGAUGCAACAAAACUAGUACUUGGCAGAACCCACUGAACUAUACUGUACCAUGCUGGAAAGUUGGGGUGUUGCGCCCAAUAUAUUCAGUGUACAACAAGGACUUUUUUACGACAGUUUGGCACACACCAAAGCAAGGGCAGAUUUUCAUUUAUUUAAAAGGAGGGGUAGAAAGAUUUCUGGGGGGGUGCAAGUGGCAUCACUCAGUGAGCUUCAGCAGGGGUUAGGCGUUUGGAUUAAAGCCUUUCACACAAAAUAGGAGGGGUGAAGCAGAAUUUUGGUGGGGUUGAACACACUAUUAGAGUGGUUAGAUAAAUUCUAGGAGGGGGUUUAACCCCCCCCCCCAGUAAAUCUGCCCAUGCACCAAAGCUGAAGCAAAGAAACCAUAGGUUAUAUUUGUAUUUAUGUUUAUCUAUUGGCAUGUAAAUAUCAAACAACACUGGCUGGCAUAAAUAUUCAGUGUAUAAAAAACAAACUUUCCACUAUGGAAUACCAUAUGCAUGGGAGGUUGAUGCCAGUUAAUUACAUACCGGUAUUAAAAAAACUGAAGCCAAAGUAACAAGCCAAUUAAAGAGGGUCGAUUAUGGUCAACAAAGAAUUUACUGUAAUGCACAUUGUCUUCUGGAAAGUAUGUCACCUUUCCUAUAGAGCCUCGUUUUCAUUAUUGUGAUAUGUAGGCUUUAGUUAAUUGUCACAUAUGCAAAAAUGAAGCAAUGUAGCCAGUGGUGAUCUAUAAAGUCUGCUUACCAAAUACGAUACAAUAAUCAAGUAACCCAUAUUCUGAAAGAUUCACAUAUCUUAGAGCCUUAAUUAAACAGGCACCAAAACCCUUUUGGCGUACAUGUUGAAAAUUUCAAUGGGGUCAACGAAACGAUUUUUCCUCUUUGUCGAAAUUCCAUGUUACUUUACAUAUUUCUGGCAUUUUUAAUCGACAUAAUCUGUGAAAUGUGAUCUGUGAUGCAGGCUAUAUUGCAUAUGUCUUCUUAAAGUUAUUUCCCCCAAUUUUUGCCUGAAUUACGUUUAUAAUUUGCCCGACUUCAUUUUGACUGGGGGUAACUGCCCCACCCUGUUUGCCUAUGAGGGUGUAUUAAAAUUUAAACAGACAAAAAACCCAGAAAUGGUCACCAUUUCAUUAAGUUUUCCAUGUGCAUAAGGGACCAAGGGCAAUGUAGAAUAUUGGGCAGCCUGAAAAAAAAUUUUAGUUAGAUGAAUCUUCUACAGUGCUUGUGUCUUUAAAUUAUAGUCUUAAAAUUUAUACAGUGUAUAUACUGUAGGUGUCGCUUAGACUAACAAAUUAUUCCAAAAUUUGGGGCAUUUUUCUCUUUGAAGGUAAAAAAUCUAUUGUGACUGUCACAUUUCCCCAGGGUGGGAGGAGUGGUGGUUUCCAAUGACAAGUGCAAAUUAUUUGCACAAAGCACUUCUGAACUGCUGAAAUGGAGAGAGCUGCUGUAAUGUGAUUUUUAUUUUUAAGGUAGAAAUUUUUAACCCACCAGCUCUUUCCCAUUGACGAGUAAAAUUGUCUGAUGUUAGACAGAGUAAAAUAAUAAAGUAGGGGACAACAUUGGAAUUCAAAUGAAAUUGAGAAUACACUCACAGAAAGAAGCUGCAAAUUGGCAAACAUGAUUUUGUACUAUAAAAAAGAUGAGGCAUGUGGCAGAAUGCACAUCUUGACGAGAUAAGAGGCCCACCAAGGGUGUAACCCAGGUCGCUUGUCACUCAUUUUGUAGCUUGUUUUAUUGUAAUAAAUGUCGCCCCAUAACACAAAUCACAAUUUGUCGCUUUUUCCUAGUCAGAAGCUGUCGUUUGUCACUCUUUUUUAGAUAGUCUGUCGCCUCUUUUUAAGGAAUGUCGCCUGUCGGUCAUAACCCCUUGGUGGGCCUCAGAUAAGGCGGGUGCUUUUACCAGCCCUGAAUAAGCAAAAGGAAUGUUUUGCAUAAGGAUACACCUGGAAUGUUUUGAAAGAACAUCCUGGGGUCAUUUGGACACCUUGCAACAUUUGCUAUCAGCUCCCCCCCCCCCAACGUGGAUGUCGCAUUGUUCAAAUUAGGGGGGGGGGGCUAGAGCUUACUAAGGGGUCCAGGGGUAUACUUACUCUAUACCUGUGAAAAUUUUGAAAUCUGAGUCCACUCACUAUGAACUCUGGAAAUGCAUGCAAUCAAAUUUACUAGUUGCAGUUAAAAAUGUUGAAAAUAUUUUCUUACAAAUUCUUGUGUUGUAGAAGUUUUGUUGCCACAACAAAACAAGAGUUUCCUUUUUCAAUUGACUCCAGCAUCUUCUAUGAUAAAUAUUUUAGAUAAAUGGACAUAUAUUUAACUUUAGAAACCUGCUCGAAUAAGCUUACCCCUGCCUCUUUACCAAAAAAGAUUCACAAGAAUAUUUUAAGAUUUAUUGAUUGGGUUCGUUUACUAUGUUUCAUAUUUCGUGUACUUUAGCCAAAUACUCUCUUUUAAGCCCCCUUCACCAAUAAACCUGCUGCGCUCAAAGGUUCCGGAAAGAAAUAACUCCCCAGGGGAAAGGGGGCUUAAUAUAGGAAUUAUGGUAUGACAAAUAUUAUAUUUGACUGCACAACAGGUUUCAGGCUGCAGAAACACAUAUGGUCAUUCUUACAUUAACUUACUAUAUGGAAAUAGUAAGAAUCUCUGCAAAGACGAAAGUACGACCAAGCAUCUUCAAUAUUUGGCUGAGACAUAUUUGUGUCUUUUGAAGAGUAUUAGAUCUGCCAAGGUAUGAAUCAGACAGGUCUUAUGAAAAUAUUCUCACCAUUGCACUCACAAAUAUUCAUUUUUUGUAUAACAUUUUUUCUUUAUUAUCAGUGUUCAAUAUACUGAACAGAUGGCUAUUGGCCAUUUUCCGAGCAAAACGCCAAUAUGGCUGUAGAUUGAUUGCUCCGCACAGACAUUAUAGCCGAUCAUUAUGCCACAUUAAUGAUCAUUACUUUGAAUAAUUUCUCCCUCACUCAGAUUGCAAACCAAAAUGCAAGUUAGUAAUUAAACUAUUUCAACUUCGUAAUAUUUGCAUGCGAAGUGAAAUAAUUACAAUUUAAUGUAUUGUACAACUUUUCUCUUUUGAUUCCUAUCAUUAAUUAGUAUCCGAUCAUGCCCGACCGUUUUCGUGGUUUGGUCUGGCUUAUAUUGUCAGACCAAGUUUUCCGAGAAUUAUAUUGAUCUCUGUUCUUUAUAUAUAGGUAUUAUACGACCGGUAUAAUAAAGGAGGAGAAGACUCAGUUGAAAAGAUUGCUGCAAAAGUAGGCUUUAAACUACCUCCCACAAUAAAUGAAGAUUGAUUAUAGCAGAAAUGAUAAAAGACAUCAAGAUAUCAGCUGUACUCUGCUGGACUGACCUGUGAAAGUAGGUUAUUACAAACACAAAAAAUUGCAGUGGACAUUAUAUACACUGCAAGUAUAGGUAUUUUAAAUACCAUACUCAACCUUGCAAGUCAGGAGCGCCGGGAAAUUACCUAGUUGAUUACUGUACAUGUACGACACACUGUAUCAUUUAGAAAGAGCAGCGAAUUUACUUAAAUUCAAUUCAG